AUGAUCAUUAUUCAUACACGUAUUGGGAAUCAGGUCGGAGAAGACGGUGCUUCUUCUUCAAGCAGCGUCGAGCCGACUUUCCUUGCCGAAGCACUCCGCGUGCACCGCACCCACCUUAAAAUCUUCGGUGCAGAUCUAAAGCACGAGUAUCCGGGAAGUGAUGGAGGUCCUUUUCCUGCCGGAAGGUCAAUGCCUGAAGACGCGGUGGCGAAUGGUACGGUUGCGACCAAUACGACCAGGCCGAAGGAAGAUAGUUUGGCUGAUAUGAUCGAUCACGCAUUGGAGAAAGAGUUCAACGAGACUGAUGAGAUCUCUGACGCCACAGAUCAUGGAAGUUUCAACAACAGCGUGGCAGAACAACAGGCAGUUCUUGAAACUGUUGCUAGAGUUAAGCCCAAGAAGAAUGAGACGAAAGAUGAGAAGUCAUUUCAGUUUCAUGAUGUUUUUAAUCUUGAUAAUGAAAAUCGGCCUGAGGAUACACCAACCUUGAUAGAUAAGAAGGACAAUGUCUUCAUCAUGUCCAAUCCGAAGUCUAAAUUUCCUGUUUUACAGCUGGACUUAAGAUUCAUAUCUGAUCUAGUUAUUGUAAUUGUAUUUGCAACCUGUGGUGGCAUCGCUUUCGCUUGUGCAGGACAACCGGUUAUAACUGGAUAUUUACUAGCAGGAUCUCUGAUUGGGCCUGGGGGUUUUAGCUUUGUCAGUGAAAUGGUGCAAGUUGAAACAGUGGCACAAUUUGGAGUUAUUUUUCUCCUUUUUGCACUGGGUUUGGAAUUCUCCGCAGUGAAGAUUCGUGUUGUGCGAGCAGUUGCUGUCUUUGGUGGGUUGCUUCAGAUAUUUCUGUUUCUGUGCUUGAGUGGGAUAACGGCAUCAUUAUGCGGUGGGGAAGCAUCUGAAGGUGUCUUUGUUGGUGUCUUCCUCUCGAUGUCUUCGACGGCAGUGGUUCUAAAAUUUUUGAUGGAAAGGAAUAGUAUCAAUACAUUACAUGGCCAGGUCACUGUUGGAACCCUUAUUCUGCAGGACUGUGCAGUGGGUUUGCUGUUUGCUCUACUUCCAAUUCUUGGUGGCACGUCUGGUGCUCUUCAAGGGGUAGUUUCUAUGACGAAAUUGUUGGUGGUGUUAGUUACAUUUCUUGCGAUCUUGGUAAUAUUAUCCCGCACUUGUAUCCCCUGGUUUCUUAAGUUGAUGAUUAGCCUAUCUUCACAGACUAAUGAACUCUAUCAAUUGGCAUCUGUGGCUUUCUGCUUGCUGGUUGCUUGGUGUAGUGACAAGUUAGGUCUAAGCCUUGAAUUGGGUUCCUUUGCUGCUGGAGUGAUGAUAUCAACAACUGAUCUUGCUCAGCAUACUUUUGAACAGGUGGAGCCAAUCCGAAACUUGUUUGCUGCCCUUUUUCUGGCCAGUAUAGGAAUGCUUAUCCAUGUUCACUUCCUCUGGAACCACAUUGAUAUCUUGGUGGCAGCUGUUUUAUUGGUGAUUGUGAUAAAAACAGUUGUGAUCACUUUGGUUGUGAGAGGAUUCCGCUACAACAACAAAACAUCGCUUCUUGUUGGCAUGUCUCUUGCACAAAUAGGAGAAUUUGCUUUUGUCCUUCUUAGUCGUGCAUCAAAUCUUAAGCUGAUUGAGGGUAAAUUGUACAUGCUGCUUCUUGGAACAACAGCUCUGAGCCUGGUGUAUAUAUAUACUCACGCAGAUAAUAUGCAGGUAACAACACCAUUACUGUUCAAGCUAAUACCUGCUGUGAUACAUCUUGGAGUGCUGUUGCGGUGGUUUUCUCCUGAGUCGACACAUGAGGUGAUUAAGAGUGCGAAGGAGGUUGACUGACAUUGAAAGUUGAUAAGGAAGUCCUCACAUGGGUUUCAGAAAAACACCGACCGUGAUUUUGGUAGAUAGAUGAUGCAAAUGCAAGAUAAUACUUGCCACUUUGGUGUUACGCUGCUGCUCUUGUUUACCAUAUAAUUUGUUUUCACCUUAUCACACCUUUAGAUUGUGAUGAUACUACACAACAACUUGGAAUUAUUUAAUCAGCUUGUCAGGUAUUUGUAUAUACUGUACGAUAAUUCCACAAUAUAUAAUUUGCCAUUUUUGUCUACUCUGCAGUAAUCUCUCACAAAAUUGCAUUUGCUUCCUCAAUAUAUGUAAUAUAAUUAGUUUUGAAGCAUAUGGUUUGUGCCAUAUCUUUGCCAAGCAAACUCUAUGGUGUCCUGGUGGGCCCUCCCACCCUCUCCCGGUUCCCAUUUUUCCAUUUUUAACUUUGUCGAGCUUUGGUUUAUUGCUGUGUCUUCUUUAUGUUCUACUCAUAG